UGCGGGGAGAGAGAAAAAAAAUAAAAAAAAAAAACAAUAUUUCAGUUUCUGAUUUUAGCUUGAUUACGACAUAUCUAUCUGAUAUUUAUUUGCAAUAAAAUUGUUGUUAAAUAUUGUGAUACUUUUUUAUAGGUGAAUUUAUUAAAAGUCAAUUAAAAGUGCAUUUGAUAAUUGGAGAUAAAUAAAUAAAUAUAUACACAAACAAUAACAAAAACAAAAAAAAAAAAGGAUAAAAAAAAAUGGCUUCGAUGGUCCAGUCACGUUUUGCUGUUCUUUCAAUUGAUGAUGAUGAACCAAAGCAAAAAAAAAAUCAAAAAACAACAACGUCAAAUGGUAAAACAAAUUUAAAGAAGAAAAAUGAUAAAUCAAAACCACAAUCUCAACAACAACCAAAAAAAGUUGACAAAAAAAAAGCAAUUAAGAAAAAGAAAGAUAAUGAAACUCAACAAUGGGAACAAUGGAGGCAAAAGGAUACGAUGACAGUUGAAGAAGUUUAUAAUCAAGAACUUGGAGAAGUACUUUUGCUUUCAAAAUUAGAAUUUGAACAACAACUUGUUAAUUCUCUUGCAAGUGAUGAUGAUGCAUCAAAAAAAGCAAGUGUUAAAAAACCAAAAAAAAAUUCAACAAUGUCUUUGGAUGAAUUUUGUAAAUUAGGUGCUUCUACUGAUACUCCUCUUGAAAAAGAGGCAAUCAUUGAACCAUCAGAUACUGAAUUUUUUCAACGUCUUGAAAAAGAAGCAAAAGAAGAGAUACUUAAAAGCAAGGAAAAAGAUUUACUAAAGAGUAGAUUAAAUACACUUGAUGAUGAUAUUACAUCAGCUCAAUUAAAGGCUGAAGUUGAACAGAGAGAUCAAGAAAUUUUAUCACUCAAAGAUGAAGUUGUUAAACUCAAGGGUGAAUUAACACAAGUCAAAUCGAGAAACAAGAAGCUUUGUCAAAUUCUCGGACAUGGAGAAAUGAAAGAUAAAGCUGCAGUUUUAGCUGAAGUUCUUAAACUCCAAGAAAUACGUGAUGAAUUGACUUCAGAAGUAACAUCACUCCAUGCAUUGUUAGAACAAGAAAGAUCUAAAAAUUUAAAAGCUUCAACUGCUGAUACAAAAUCUUCCAAACAAUCUAAUAAGAAAAAAUCAGCAAAUGAAAAUGCAUAAAAAAAACUACUUCCAUUGUAGAAAUUUAAAAAAAAAAAAAAAAAACACCCAAAAGUAUUCUCAAGGUAUCGUUUAAGACUAACUCAGUUUCCAUGGUUUUUUUUUUUUUUACAUUUAAAUAUAAUUUUCAUCUUAUCAUUAUAAAAAUAAGAUAAUUCAUCGAACAAAGAAAAAAAAAAGAAUUUCAUUAAUUUCUAUUAUUUUAUUUUUCAUUUCAAGUGUUUUAGUUUAAAAAAAAAUAAAAAAACACUUAUCCUAUAAUUUUAAUUUAAGAAUAAUUUUCUAUUUUUUUUUCUUUAUUUUUGAGAGACUGAUUUGAGUAACACAAAAUUCUAUGUACUAAAAGAACUAAUGGUUUCUUAAAAAUAUGUUGUUUUCAAACGAAGUUAAAAAAAAUGUCUUCAUAAUAUUAAGUACGAUAUUUUGUAAUGAACAUAUAUAAUCUAUGGUGAUCAAUAUAUCAUACAAAAAUAAAAACAAAAGAAAUGA